AUGGCUUCGAGAUCAGUGCUCGCCCGUGUUGCGCGCAAAGCGCUGGUCUCAACGGCCGCCCCGACCGGGGAGGGGUACUCGAUCCGUGCUGUUGGUGCGUUGACAUCCAAGCCAUACGCCUUCAAGACUCGCAGCUGGGAACUCAAGUCGACCGAGUCCAUCGACAUUUUCGAUGGCGUUGGAUCAAACAUUCGGAUUGAUACAAGGGGUUCGGAGAUCAUGCGAGUUCUACCCCGCCUCAACGAGCACGUCAAUGAAGAGUGGAUUUCCGACAAGUCGAGGUUUUCUUACGACGGUUUGAAGAGGCAGCGCUUGAGCACGCCCAUGGUCCGUAACGUCGACGGCAAUCUCCUUCCCGUGCAGUGGGAUCGCGCGCGCGCCGUCCUAAAGAAUGCCUUGAUCACUCUUCAGCUGGAGAAUCCAGGCGGUUUCGAGUGUCACGGGGUUAUCGGUCCGUAUGUUGAUGUCAAUGCCGCCCUAGAGUUUCGCAACCAGUUCCUGCGUUGGUUCCCGACCGGCCAAAUGCACGUUCAGGAGAAGGCGAGGAACAUCCCUACGGAUUUCAGACACUCAUACAUGCACAACUUAACCCUCCCUCAGCUUGAGGAGGCAGACUUUGUUCUUCUCGUUGGGGCUGAUCCGAGGAAAGAAGCUCCUCUGCUUAACGCUAGGCUGAGGAAGGGUUCUUUGUACCACGGGGUUACUGUCGCCACCGUUGGAAGCCCCGUGUCCUUGACGUAUCCAUCGAAACAUCUCGGCAAUACGCUCAAGACGCUUCAGGCGAUAGCAGAUGGAUCUCAUCCCAUUGCGGCAACGCUCACGGAGGCCGAGAGGCCUGUCAUAAUGGUCAGCAACAGGGCGCUGCAACGUGAGGAUGGUAAUGCCGUAUACAAGCUAGUGGAAGACGUCGUGCGCAAGUCCAAAGCAGUUCAAGAGGGUUGGGAUGGUCUAUGUGUCUUGCAUCAGGGUGCGAACACAGUUGGCAAUCUUGAUAUUGGUUUCGAAGACAAGUACGCUGGCCUGCGGGCACUGGACGCCGGCUCAUGGUCCGCAACUAAAGUCCUUUUCCUAAUGGGGGCGGACGACAUUGACAAUAUCGACGUUCCAGAGGACUGCUUCGUUGUGUAUCAAGGUCAUCAUGGUGAUCGUGGAGCAUCGAUUGCGAACGUUGUGCUUCCCGGCGCAGCAUACACGGAGAAGGACUCAAUCUACGUGAACACCGAAGGGCGCGUGCAGGCUUCGAAGCUCGCAUUCUUCCCCCCAGGUUUGGCUCGUGACGAUGCGCAUGUGCUGCGCGAUCUGCUGGGAGCAGAUGAGGAUUUGGAGCAUGUGACGGAACAGCUCAAGUCUGCUUCGCUGGACAUUCUGGCACCUCAUUUGUUGAAGACGAACUACGUGCAGGAAGGAGAUCGAGUUCUCGGAACGGAUACGAUACUGCCUCCUGGACGCACUCCGUUCUUGCCGACGCCAUUACAAUCGCCUGUGGACAACUUCUACAUGACCGACCCGAUCACAAGAAGUUCAAAGACAAUGGCAAAAUGCACUCGUGUGCGCAAUACCCACAAUUUCUCGCAGUAGCUUUUUUAUAGAUGUUUAUGGAGGGUUUCGAGUAACUGGAGGGACUUUGAACACAUCUUAGCCUAUAUAUAGGCAGUUGAAAUCAGUAGGGCAAAUGGAGUCACCAGUGUCCAACGUUUCACAAACAAACAAACAAAUAUCGAGACCUGAUGAGCUCACAAUCCUUCUUCUCACGAUUUAGGGCCAUGCUAUGGACGUCGCGGUUGACAGCAACUUGCUGCCGAUCUGUGUCUUGCAGGAAGCAGGCUGAGUGUGUUUCUAGUAUCAAGACGACCUGUAUCCCAAAGACUGAAAGAGUAGUCUGUGUCGACCUGAGUCAAAGCGAGAUACAGAUCUCCAGUCGCUUAAAGGGUGGACAUGUGGUUCCACAUGACUAUCGCCAUACAUGAAAAACCGAUGCAAAUAAACGAGUGGCUUGAAA